AUGGGUAGAAUCAAACGAGUUCGUAAAAUUCAAAAAAUACUUAAAAAAACUGAUGCCAGAGUAAGCGAUAAUCCUAGUAAUUUUGUUGGGCAAAAUGUACCGGUAAAAAAACUAACAAAAGAGGAACAACAAAAGAAAGCCGGUGUUGUGUACACUGAAGAAACACCUGCUUGUUUGUUUUUCAACGCAAACUUGAACCUAGGACCUCCUUACCAUGUUUUGCUCGAUACUAACUUCAUCAAUUUUACCAUUCAAAAUAAAAUUGAUCUUUUUCGCGGACUUGUUGACUGCUUUUUGGCGAAAUGUAUACCCACAAUCUCUGACUGUGUCGUGGGCGAGCUUGAAAAGAUGGGCCACCGUUAUCGAAUGGCUCUGCGUAUUGCAAAAGAUCCUCGUAUAAAACGCUUGACUUGUGAUCAUAAAGGCACGUAUGCAGAUGACUGCAUUGUCCAAAGAGUUACGCAACAUCGCUGUUACAUAGUUGCAACAAAUGAUAAAGAGCUUAAACAACGAAUCAGAAAAAUUCCAGGUGUACCUUUAGUAUCGAUUCAAAAUCGUCAAUACAAACUUGAACGUUUGCCCGAUGUAGCUUUAUAA